AUGGCCGGUAGCACUAGCAUGGGCUUGCGGACUUUGACCGCCCAAGUCCUCACUGCUCCCACGACAUUUCCCACCGCUGGUUAUGGAGGCUCCUAUUACAGAAAAGUCAAAUUUCAGGUCCCAACCUAUACCACCACUGCCAAAAAUCACAUCUCUUGGGGUCUGAUUGACGACUACAUUCGAAUCGUUAUUAGCAAUUUUUCCGCAAUGGGCAUUGCCACCGGCCUGGCCUGGGGCACCCUCAUCUACGUCCUCGCUCUGACCCCGAACCGAAAGAGAACCAUCCCUUUUCAUACCUUUCUCCUCCUCGGUCUUGUCUUUCUGCUUAUUCACCUCAUGAUCGACCUCAUCACGGCUUGCAUUCCUAGCCUAAGCAAAUAUCCGGCAUAUGAUGUUCUCACCAGGGAUCAAGAGUCUAGCAUCUAUACUCAGGAGUAUAGGACAAUCCACAUGACAAGCUACGUCUCAAAUAUAUCCUCAUAUACCUGUGCAAGCAUCUGUCUCUGGCUCCAAGCUCGAGGUCUGCUCACUGGUGUACGUGUCAAAGCCAAAAAAUGGUACAUGUGUAUCCUGGCCAUUCUGAUUCUCUUCUCCAUCUCGGCCUUUUCAGCUCAGGUUGCAUAUUUGGUCGCUCUCGCGCAACAGCUUGGGGAACGAUCCACCUUGAAGGCCUUGCAAAGCUAUGGGAGAUAUGAAACAGCUUAUGUAUUGACAUAUGCUGCUAGUAUUGGAAGCCACUCCCUCGUGGCAAUGUGCUCUAUCAUCAGCAUCAUCUGGAGACGCCCUGCAUCCGUCGUCAAGGGAGCCAAUGCAUAUGCCUCAGCUUUGAACUUGGUGGGACUAUUGUGCGCUCAGUCGUUCGCGGUACCAUUCGUCUUCUGCAUUUUGACCCUCAUCAGGGCUGACCAAGUUCUUAUUGAACCCAUGGUCAUCUUACUGCCUACCGUCUUCUUGAUUCUGCCUUUGGGCACUCUGUUCAUGACCAUUAGUCACAAUGAUGCCGAAGCUCACCGCGACGGAUUGCCUCAAUCGCCUGGGGCUAGCCCUCUUCGGCAAAAGUUCCUGGAGCAGCAAAACAGAUCGACGACCUUGACCAGCGGAACCGAUCAGACCGCAGUCCUCGGAUCUUCUGCAGUAUCACCUAGUCCUCAUCGGCGUGUUUGGGCGCAGCCUCGCAGCCCCGUUGAUCGUGAACUCGACUUUAUCGAUUCCAUGGACCAUUCUUUCCACGAAAGUGAAAGCACAAAAUUAGGAUCGGUCACAUUCGACCAAGAGGCCAGGGUUUCGUUCAGAGAUGUCGCGGAAAAGGAAUAG